GAGCUCAUUUGGCCGCCAUGGACUUUUGCACCACGUGCAAACUGCAGUGACGUGUGUGCUUAACUUUAAGAUUGUUAUUGUUAAUAAUUGUGUAUUCCCCGCGAUUUUGUUACAUUAUUUAAUGCGAGUUGUUCAAAGAACAUUAUUGUAUACCUAUACAAAUAUUAAUUGUAUAUAAAAUAGAUGAACACGUUCAUUGCUUUGAGGUUAUGUUUUAAUAUCAGUGAAAAUGCAGAAAAUACGAGUAUGUUGUGUAAAAUAGUGUUCGCGGAUAAUUUAUUUUUCAAUUAGUGGAAACAGUAAAUGUUAAUUGUUGGAAGCAUGAGGGACUUUUACAACAAAUUGUGCUUGUUAAUAUUGGAGGAACAUUUUGGACCUCUUAUAAAAUGUAUAGGUAAUAAUUUAUUACAUGGAACGAAAACGUUACGUGCGAUAUGUUUUGGCACACGUCUACCGCUAGCAAAGGUAAAGGAAGGACUGUGCGUUCUCAUAAAAUACGGCUACGUUACUUGUCAGCAAAUUGAGGAAGACGACACUAUAGAAUAUUCUCUAGACCAUGACAAGAUCAUCAUGAUUCUCCGCUACCCCAGCAUCACUUGUUGUUACAGAUACAUGUUCUUCACAAAAACCUACUGUGGAGACGAGGGUGAGAUCAUGCUGGAAGAAAUUUUGAAGCACGGAUAUUUGACAGCGUCUGAAGUAAUAAUAAAAACGUACAAGCGAGUCGAGAAAGCAUCCAACAAGUCUGACGAAGACGUUUCCCUCCCAAAUCUGAAGGAUGCAUUUGAAUUGCUGGUGAAGAACCAGUUCUUGAUGCGCAGCGUGUCCUUCGAUACAGCGGCGAAAGAGACGGAAAAACCCGAUUACAAUCUACCGGAACUUGACCUGAGAGCCAUCCAUUACAUGAUGCAAGGCCAAGAAGCUGAUCCCGGAGAUGGCAAGGUAUACUGGAAGGUCAACGUUGAUCGCUUUACGCAGGAUUUUAGGGACCAAAUUGUUGUAUCAGCUAUGACGCAAAGGUUCAACGAUAGUGCCGGUAAGCUCAUGCGACAGCUGAUCAACUUGAUGUACGUGCGUACCGCCUCUUGGUCGGACACGUCGAAUCCCAUUCCGUACACCGAGAUUAAGGAAGCGGUGAAGAAGCUCGACUGCCCGGAGCUGGAGCAAUAUCUCGAUCAGUACCUGCAGAUGAUGGAGGAGGACAGCAGCCAGUUCGUCAGGCGAGUUGGCGACUCCGGCGGCGGGCAGUACAGCAUUAACAUGAAGAACGCGUUCAAGCAACUGGCAUGGGUCACUUUGGAGAACAUCGUGACCGAGAGAUUUGGCUCGAAAGCCGCGCGAAUUUUUAGACUGGUGCGCAUGGACAGUGGCGUGACGCUGGAGCAGAUUCAGCAGAUGGCAAUGAUACCGGCGAAAGAGGCGAAAUUCUUCGCGUACACCUUGGUGCAGGAGAACUACAUACAGAUACAAGAACUGAAGAAGGGUGGAUCGUCAGCGGUCGACAGCAGGAAGGCAUCGUUCCGCUUCUGCAUCGAUCUGCCUACAGUCGUCGAGAUGGAGAUGGAACAUUGCUGCCAGGCGCUGUACAACAUCAUACAGAGGCGCAGCCACGAGUCCACUAGCAACAGGCGGAUGAUAGAGAAGCAGCUGAGGGUGCAGAUACUCUCGGCCAACAUGAGGGAACACGGCGCUACGGAGCAGCAAUUAGCUGACAUCGCGGACAUGAUGACGCCAUCGGAGAACGAGCAGCUCGAGAAAGCGCAGAAAGCGAUCAAGGGACUGGCGGCGGCGGAGUUUCACAUCGAUGAAACAUUAUUUCUAUUGACCAUGUAUGUCCGGUAUCAUUAAAUAAACUUUUUAUCCCUUUGUAGCAUUCUGUUUCCAUUUUUUCGGGGCGCGAGUGUGAAGAAUAAAACUCUCCUGCGCUCGUUCAUUUAUAUAGUUUAUAUUUAUUUAUGUAUAAUAAUGAUUACGCUUGUAAAAUACAAACAACAAAGAGUA